AUGGUGUUCAUGACAAUAAAACCUACAUUCUAUUUGGAAUCGUUCGAGGUCCGCUCGUUUGAUUUAUCAGGCAAUGGCGGACCUGGGACAACAUUGAAGGCUAAUUGGGAGACGAAAAUAUCAAUUAAAAAUACAAACACUAGGUCAUCAGUACUUGUGAAUCAAGUUGAAACAUCCUUGGUGUAUAGAUAUGUUGCACUAGACGUGUCUUACAUGGACCAUGUCGAGAUUCAGAAGGAUAGUAACGUCCAGAUACUGGACGCCUUCUCUUUCCCUAGCUCGAAACGAACGUUUAACGCGGAUUCUGCGGUGAAAGAAAUGGCUAAAGAUAGACAACGAGGGCAAAUUAUGUUUGAUUUGAAACUUGAGGUACAACUUAUGGUUAAGUCUAAUGUUUUUCAUAAAUCAGAGAAAAUGCGUUUGUUUUGUGAAAGAAUUACAUUAGAUUUUAAGAAUACUACUUCUAAUAUUCCAACAUGGAAUGGUAAUAAACAUGAAUGUGUAUCAGGUUUAUGA